CUGCAAAUCCCAAGACUUCACUCAUCUGGAUGUCAUUUGGCUACUAAGAAUCUCACACAGAUCCAGACGGAAUUAAUAUUCACCAUGCAUAUCCAGCUUAUAUGGAGUGUUUUCAUUUGUGCCACGUAUACAGUCCUUGUUGAAACUUGUCCAGAUGGCUGUCAAUGCAGCGUACCAUUUACCAUCUUCUGCUCAAGUCGCAAGAACCCCAGUUUUCCCCGAAACAUACCUCAGAACACCUUAAGCCUUUAUCUUUUUGAGAAUGGCAUCAGUUCCAUAGAAGAAAGCAGUUUUUCAGGUUUGUGGGACUUGCAGCUCUUGGAUCUAUCUCAUAACAAACUGUCUCAUCUACCUGGUGGCGUUUUUAAGAGCUUGGCAAACCUCAGCAACCUUGACCUUUCAUCUAAUCAAAUUACCGAAAUCUCUGCAGAGACCUUUCAAGGGCUUGGUCGGUUAGAGAGGUUGUAUCUCAUUGGUAAUCAGAUUCGUAGUAUUCAUCCUGAUGCCUUCAGAGGUCUUGAGAACUUGCUUGAACUGAAGCUCUCUCAGAAUCAACUGGUUGUAGCACCAGCUUUCUCCUUACCACAUCUUUUGCUCUUGGAUCUUAGCUAUAACACUAUUUCCACUAUCCAGCCUGGAGUAUUCCAUGCAAGUAAUAUUGAGACUCUAAAACUGGCAGGUCUUGGCCUGAAAGAAGUACCAGCAGAUCUAUUGAGUGGCCUCAAGAAUCUUCAUGAUCUAGACCUGUCUCAUAAUCAGCUUAGUAAAGUUCCACCUGGUCUACGUGGCCUAACCAAACUCAACCUUGCUGGCAAUGCUGCAAUUUCUCAGCUUCAGCCAGAAGAUUUCUCUGUUCUUACUGGAUUACAAGAUUUAGAUUUAAGUGGAUUGAAUCUUCGUACUUUGCCAAAGGGUCUUUUCCAAUCUUCAAAACGUCUUCGUGGCAUAAGCCUGGCACAAAACCCUUUUAAUUGUGUGUGCUUAUUAAGCUGGCUGACAGAAUGGCUGCGAGUGAGUGGAGUUGCUCUGCUGCGUUCUGAUGAAACUCGCUGUCAUUUCCCUCCCAAAAAUGCUGGCAAGAUCUUGCGCAAUUUACAAAGUUCUGAUUUUGGAUGUCCAAUACCAACAACCGUCUUUGUGCCUACGACCUUAGCACCUACCAGCACUGCUCCACCACCUACAACUACAACUUCUAAACCAACAGCCAGACCAACCACCAUUCCAACCACAACCAUUCCAGCUGUACAGACAGAAAUUCAACACCCCGAAAUACCAACUCCAUAUGAUCAGCUGUGUCCACCUCAAACUUGCUUGAAUGGUGGUUUCUGUAUGAUGAACUCACUUGGGGAAAUAGAAUGUGAAUGUCCAGCUGGAUUCUAUGGUAUGUAUUGUGAGAUGCUGUCAUUAACACCCUUUGCUGAACAGCCUUUACUACAACUGCAAGUAAUUGAUGUAACUAGCAGCUCUAUUAAAAUUGAUCUACAGAGUUAUAUUGAAAACAAGAAACACCUACCAGGACUUAGACUCACUGUCCAAAACCUGUCUGUCCCAGAACAUUGGUCUGUGACCUACUCGCUUCCUCCAUCAAUACCAUAUUAUUCCCUGACACAACUGUCUGCUAACAGCACUUACAGACUUUGUCUUGAAACCAUGUACGACGUGAGCGCAGAACGUGAGCUGUGUACAGAGGCACAGACUUUAUCAGAAUCUCCAAAAUCGAGUGCACACAUCAAUCAGUCUCGUGACGGAAAUCUAACCUUGGUCUUAGUGCCAGCUGCCGCAGCUGGGAUUUUGCUUGUGGUAGUUAUAGUAAGUGCAGUAUGUUAUGCACGAAGACGUAGAGAAAAGGCACAUGCAGGUGAGAAUGGGGGUCCUUUAGAGAUGGAAGGUGUAAAAAUGGCGCUUGAAGAGAAAAGUGAGUUAAAAAAGUUAUCCGACAGCUCAAAUGGUCCAGACAGAGGAUGGCAGACAGAAGAGCCACUAAUGGACUCCACUAGAAUAGUAAACAAUAAUGAUGCACCCACAGGCCGGCUUCCACAUUCUUACUUUUAAGCUGGGCAGUAGGACCAAACCAUGGAACUCUUAAAACACUCCCAGUAGCAGCUGGUGGAGAUUUCCAAGACAUCUUUCAUCCAGACAAUGUCUAGGCUUGCUGGGAGACUUGCCUAUGAGAUAGCUGUGCUGUCUAGGCUUCCAGGCAGAGGACAAUAUCGGAGCUUUGAACAGUUUGUAGCUCCGAAUGCAAGCAAUACAUACAUUAUUUUGAAGUAACUGCAUGUGAUACAGGUAUUGCUUGUGAAUCUUGAAAUGCUGACCUCUGUUGCUGAAGUAUUAUACCUGGAAAGGUACAUGGUGGAACAUGAUGAACGCCACACAACAUCGGAAAACGUAUGCACUGCAUCCACAGGUGGACUUGUGCCAAAGGGUUACACAUGGGGUUAGAAGAGACAUUACAAAAACUGUGCAAAUAAUUAAGACAGUCUUACAAGCCUUCUAACGUGAAGGGGCACUUACCUGACUUGAGAAUAUCAGAAAAACAUUUUUGUAACAAUAAAAAUAUAUACCUAAAAAGAGCAUCCACCCUGAUCCUGUGGGAACAGGCCAUUGACUUUGCUUGAUGAACUAAACUGGCAAAUAUAUAUUUGGGGUUGGCGGGGUACAAGGCACCGAUUGCUGGACAUGAUGGUGUCGAUUGCUAAUAAUUGUCUGCCUUAAUAAAUAUGGAAUGUUUUUACAUAUA